UAGAGCUCCCGGUCCGAUGAAAGUUGUUUUUCUUAUCUUUUCGUUACCAUGGCCAUGCGUUAAGACUAAUUUACACUAAUUCAACCCUCACUCAGUAAUAAUUCCGGUAUUACACUGUAUAACAUACACAAUAUUAUAGAUUUAUUGAAGUUUAAAAGUUACCUUUGUUUUGACAGUCUAGUAUCAGACAAGUGUAUUGUGUAGUGAAACCACCUUGAACUUUAAACUUUAUUGAGGACGAAAAACCGGGAGAUAAGAUGUUUAAAAUUAGCAGAAACUUGGUUAAAAACUCAUCUGUAAUAUCCAAACGCAUGAUGUCCACUGCCGAGGAUGAUGUCCUCUUUGAGACCCUCAACAAUGCUGGAAUUGUCACUUUAAACCGGCCCAAAGCACUUAACUCCGUAAACACAUCUAUGGUCACAAAGCUCCUAAAACAACUGCCCGAAUGGGAGAAGACUAAAACUAUGGUCAUAGUAAAGGGAGCUGGAGAAAAGGCUUUCUGUGCCGGAGGUGACGUGAAGGCAGCCAUAGACAGGGUAGAAGGACCAAGAUUCUUCUUCACUGAGUACAAUGUAAACAGCAUUAUUGGCAAAUACAAAAUACCAUACAUUGCAUUUAUAAAUGGGAUUACUAUGGGGGGAGGACUGGGGUUGUCAGUCCAUGGCAGAUACAGGGUGGCCACAGAGAAGACUGUCAUAGCCAUGCCUGAGACUAAAAUUGGGCUAUUCCCUGAUGUUGGCGGGUCAUACUUCCUGCCACGGCUUCAAGUGAACCUUGGACCAUAUUUGGGCCUAACAGGGGACAGACUGAAAGGCAAGGAUGUAGUGAAAGCUGGCAUCGCCACCCACUUUGUGCCCAGUUCCCGGCUGUAUGAACUCGAGAAGCUUCUCUCACGCUGCACAAACGAGACUGAGAUCAACAACCUGCUGAGUAAAUUCAAUGAGCCCGCAGAGGAGUUCUCCCUAGCUCCCCAUAUCAAGCACAUCAACUACUGCUUUGCCGCUGGAACUAUUGAGGAGAUCAUCGAGAGGCUAGAGAAAGUUAACAAUGAGUGGUCUAUUAAAACUCUGGAGGGCCUCCACAAGAUGUGCCCGGGCAGCCUGAAGAUCACGCUGCGCGCGCUGCAGCGAGGCGCCCAGCUCGAGCUGGACCAGAGCCUGCGCAUGGAGUACCGGCUCGCCUGCCGCGCCACCGAGAAUCAUGACUUCCCUGAGGGAGUGCGAGCCCUCCUAGUGGACAAGGACAACAACCCUCAAUGGAACCCGAAGACCUUAGCAGAAGUUACUGACGACUAUGUAGAGAGCUUCUUCAAGAAACUGCCAGAAGAUAAAGAACUCAAGUUUGGCGACUCCAAGUUGUAAUCAACAAGCUAAAUUAUAAAAUUGUUUUUAAGAGA